AUGAUAACACCCAAAAUCGAUCCGAUUUCGAUUCUGGACGAAAGAGGCGCCCUGAAGGUCUCCGAUAAGGCUUCAAAGGUCGCCAAAUCCAAUGUGGUAUUCGCCCAUAAGACCCGUCUGUUGGUCAUCAUUCUCACAACCCUGUGCUUGACCUGCAUUCUGAGCAACUCGCUGGCGUUGAAUUUCACUGUCAUUUGCAUGUUCAAAGAGGAUGAUGGGACGUGGAAUUCGACUGGUAAGUCGAGCCUUUGGUUUUUUUAAGAGUCUGUCUGGAAAAUAAUGAGCAGAAUGCAUUGUAAUGUCGCUGUGCCGAUCGCGUCGCUGAAGUGAAAAGAAAUUUGAUUUUCUUCACAGAGUGCCCACUAUUUUCCCGACAGACUGAUGUUAUUUUCAUAAAAUGCAUGGACAUUUGUCGUGACCCUCACCGUGCACAAAAAACCCUGUUUUGCACCGUGCAUUUCACUUUUUUUUUGGUUUUCGCACUGUGCGAGAGAGUGAUCAUUAUUUUCCCGACAGACUGAUGCUAAUAUUUAUAUGAAGCAAACUGCUUGUAACCAGCAUAUAACUUCAAAUUUUUCCUCUUUCCAGACCUCGACAAGACCGGUCAUCCGCCGUUGUUGUACAGCGAGCUGCAGCAAAGCUGGCUGUUCUCGGCCAUCGCCAUCGGCACGUUGGUGGGGACAAUACCACUGACUGUCUUCACAAAUCGAUUUGGAAUGAAGUAAGCACACUCUGUACGCAAAAUUUGAGGGAAACACGAUCUUGGCUUUUCGAGAUUUCCCUUAUGAAUUUUCCCACUUUCAGACGGCUAUUUACAAUUUAUGGCGCCAUCUCUGCCAUCUCAACGCUACUUCUGCCAGCUGUUGUGUCUUUGGGCUUCUAUCCAGUGCUAUUUCUCCGAUUUCUGCAGGUAAUUUUAUUGCUCAUGACAUUAGUCAUCAUUUUUUCAUCUUUCUUUUCAGGGCUCUGCUGUGGCCACCUCUUUCCCCGCGAUGGGCUCAGUAAUCGCUGAAUGGGCGACGCUGAAAAAGUCGGGCACCUUCAUAGCCAUCGUCUCCUGCCAUCUUCAGCUCUCGCAGAUCUUCACCAUGCCGGUGGCGGGCGCGCUGUGCGCGAGUUCGCUGAGUUGGCCGGCUCUCUACUAUCUUCAAGGAGCAAUUACUGUUGCGUGUUUUGUUGUUUUCUGGUUCUUUUAUGAGGACAGCCCCUCGGUUCAUCGGAAUGUCAGCGAAAAGGAGCUCACAACACUGCAGAAGAACAAGGUUGUGCGGGUGCUGGAGGAGAAUGAGGUCGACAAAACGCCGUACAAGGCGAUUCUGACCGAUCGACCGGUCAUUGGAGUGCUUUGCUCGUUGUUUGGAGCGACUGUGGGCUUUCAAUUCUUCUUCCAGUAUGGGCCGGUUUAUUUGAAUCAGGCAAGUGUCAGUCUGUCGGGAAAAUAAUGAGCCUCUCUGUGGCAUCGAAAAAUCGCAUCGAGGUCGAGAAAAAAGGAAUUGUGUCGCGGCAAAAUCAAACUGCUUUUCACUUCGGCGGCGCGAUUGACGCAGCUGUGCGCAUUAUUUUCCCGACAAUUUGUGUCCAAAAUUAUUGGCGCCACUGACUGCCCGGCGACGAGUACAAUUCACGGUGUUCGCCAAGCACGAAGAGUGUGAAAUAAAGCAGAAACUUUUGCACUUUUCUCAAAUCUAGUCGAAUUCAAGUCAAAGCUUGCACAAAAAAUCUUAUUUUUUUGCGCAAAGCGUACCUAAAAAUCUGCUUGUAGACAAGAUGAGUGUUCUCUUUCUCCCCAACCAACAAUUUUUCAGGUUCAAGGCUUUGACGUGAAGGACACAGGACUCGCAGCCGCCCUGCCCUUUAUUCUGUCCAUGAUUGUCAAGUUCAUGCUCGGCCCUUGCAGCGACAGUGUGCCGUACGUCAGCGACAAAACCCGGGUCAUCCUGUUUUCCUCCAUUUCCCAAUACUCGAUGGCGGCGUGCUUCUUCGCGUUGGCGUUUUUGCCGCCCUCGCAGCAGGUCCUGUCGCAGGUCUUCUUCACCGCCGCCGUCGUCUUCAGCGGCUUGAAUGCGGUUGGCGUCACGAAGAGCUGUCAGUUGGUAAGGGAAUGCGAGAAUCGAGGAGCUUGUGCUUUAGAUUUCCGGCAGAUUCGUCCACUUCCUCAUGUCCUUGAACAUGUUCAUAUUCAGCAUCGUGGUCCUGUUGAUUCCGCUGUUGGUCGCGGUUUUUGCGCCCAAUGGGAGUGCCGAGGAGGUGAGUUUAUUCCCUAAAUUCCGAUGGGAGAUGUUGUUGAAGCGCUGGGAUUUUCUUUAUGUUUCAUUUGCAGUUCAGUAUGGGUGACAAGCUGCGUUGGGAUGUAGCCUGACUACGUCGCUACGCGACUCGUCAGCCUACAUUCCCAACGCGGGUGUGCGCGCAAAGCGCCACCGAAUUAGCCUAAGCAGCUAAGCCUAAGCAGCCUAAGCGGCUAAGCAAACUAAGCCUGAGCUAAGCCUAAGCGGCUAAGCAAACUAAGCCUAAGCCUAUGCGCUAAGCACCGCGCAGUGCACCUUAUAAACUCACAGUGAACCUUCUCACCGCACAGUGCACUCGCGAAAACCCGGAAAAAAUACAAAAAUUUCGAACCCACGCGAACCCAACCGAAAUCGCCCUCGGAAAAAUACUGGGACCCCAAAUCGACGAGAAAGCUAGAGAAAUUUUUGCUCUCUCACGAAAAUGCAAACUCAACUUUUGCCACGCCCCUUUUUCCACGUUGCGACACGGUUUGCACAGUGCAAUCUUGCCAAACGAAGCCUUUUCCCACUUGCACCGUGCAAAAUUUGUUGGCGGAGUGUCGCAAAAUAUUUUGCAGACACUCCCCUUCGAAACCUGAAAUUUGGAAAAAUUUGCACAGUGCAAUCAACAAAAAAGCUUACGUUCGUAGGCUUUUUUUCAUUUUGCACAGUGCGAAAAACACCCUCCGAACGUUUUCCCAGGCACCCCCCUUUUGAUUUUCCCACUUUCCCCCCAGACGCACAGUGCACUCUGCACUUUACCCUGCACGGCAACCCAAAAUAGAACAAAAAUGUCUCCCGCCCACUUUUGAAUUUCGUCCAAACGAAGUGUCAAAAUUCACAAAAGAAAUAAAAUAAUUCCGAGAAAAAUAUUUUUCGGUCGGAAAACCACACGAAAAAUUCAUUUUUGACAUUUCGUUUGAAUUCAACCGAUACUAGGCGGGCGAAGUGCCGAAACGAGGCGGGAGACUCCCUGGGUUGCCGUGCCCUGUGAGCUCGGCUUUUUCUCAAUUUGCACAGUGCGAAUCCCAACUUUGGCUUUGUCGCUGCGCGACAAAGCAAAAAUCCGCACAGUGCACCCUUUCAAAAGUGUUUUUGCACAGUGCGGAGGCCCCCGCGCUCGAGCCCUUUUUGUUUCCGAGAGAGCCACCCAUGGCGCAGUGGGUAACGCGGAAGUCUGGCAAUCUGAAGUCCCCGGAGGUUCAAUCCCUCGGAAAAAAAUUAUACCACGUUGUAGUACAAUUAGAGGGCCGUCAUAUUUUGGGUUUUUUACCCAAAAGUUUUGACUUUUUCGGGGUGAAAUAAUUAAUGGAAAAUUUGGCCAGAAUUAAAUUCGGCCAGGUCGUAUUUUAGAAAAAUAUCAAGAUUUUUACAUGUGUCCCGAUCGAGUUUUUGAUUUCCGAACGAUUGAGCCAGGUCCCGUCUUCGUAUCUCUACUCGUUCAAAAGUUACAGUACUUUUUAUGUUUACGAUGUUACAGUAACCCGGUUUCUAGAAAUGGCGGAAACGUGUCAACUAAUCUUUUGAAGAGCUAUUUAAACUCAGUAGAAUGCUUUUUGAGGCUGGUCGAUACGAUCAAAAUUGACCGAGAUACGGUAGCUUAAAGUCAAGGCCCUUGUUACAGUAAUCCCUCGCGGAAAAACAGACUUGGAACCGUGAAAUACACCUUCAAAGACGUGUAAUGACGAGUACUACCAGUGCUGUGAAUUUUGUCCGGCGCGAUUGCGUCUACGCUGAGAAAAUGGCGAAAAACCGCUUUUUGGCGCGAAAACUACCGUAACCUACAGUAUGCCGAAAAAAAUUUGCGAGUUAAGGGACAAAUGAUACCAGUUUAUGGUGUAGUUUUUCAUGCUGAUUCUGAAUCUGUAAACAGAAUUUCGAAUUUCCGUCAUUUAUGCACAAUGCCUGAGGAAAUAAAAAUACAGUAUCCCGGAGAGUAAAGAUAGAAAAAAAUAGUCAGUUAGUUAGUUGUUUGGUAUCAAAAACUAUGCAAAACAAAGAAGGAAUGGUAUUCGGCGCUCGCUUCGCUCGCGAGAUAUUUUUGAAUAUGUCGAAAAAUCACUUCGCGAUUUGUUUAGAACCGGAUGCUGUAUCAAUGAGUCUGAAAAUGAGUUUUUUGGGGUUUAUGGGACCUUUGUCAGAGGUUUCUGUGUGUAGAAUUUUGAAUUAGGUCCUAGUUUCCGAGAUAUGCAAAUUCGUGUUUUUCACUCUGAAAUCCGGACAUCAUGAAUAAGCAAAUUUUCUGAAAAAAAAAUUGUGAAAUAUAAACUCUCCUUCAAAAAUAACCUAUAGCGCAUGAAGAAAACUUUUUUUUAAUAGGCGAAAAAUUUUGAGAAAAACGCGAAAAACUUUUUUUUUGCAGGUGCGAAAAAGCGGUUUAUAAUUAGUUUCUCCCUGAGUUUGCGACUAAAAUGAAUGAAACUUUCGGAGAGCAAAUUUGACUUAAAAAUACGCUACCUGCCCGUUACGGAACUGUACACCUUCAACACAGCGGUCACAGCGCACUGUGCAAAAAGAGGUAUUUUUUGAAAAAGUGCACUUUUCGCAACUUUUCUCCGCAACGCGCAACUACAGCACAAAGAUUGAGUAUGAUUUUCAGAUAGAGGAGAUCAUUCUGCGUACGAUGAAAAAAAAAUUGGCAGCAUAGCUCCAAAAAUGAAGCCAAAAACUCAAUUCUCCGGCGUUUGGCGGUCGAUAAUUUUAUCGACUAAAAAAAUGUCAUUUGGGUGUCACAGAGGAUCAGACAACACGAUGAGGUCAAAAAAACUGCAAAAAUUCAACGCUAAGUAAAAAACUCCCUCGGCCUUUAUUAUAAUGGGGUCUGCGGAGCAGGCCGACAAGCUGCGGCGGGCGGCCAAAGACAUGACUUUGUCAUGUCUUUGGUCCGGCCCGCCGCGGUUGCCCGCGCAUGUGUUGCAAAAAAAUCAGCCUAAGCAGCCUAAGCAAACUAAGCCUGAGCUAAGCCUAAGCGGCUAAGCAAACUAAGCCUAAGCCUAUGCGCUAAGCACCGCGCAGUGCAGCUUAUAAACUCACAGUGAACCUUUUCAUCGCACAGUGCACUCGCGAAAACCCGGAGAAAAUAAAAAAAUUUCGAACCCGCGCGAACCCAACCGAUAUCGCCCUCGAAAAAAUGCUGGGACCCGAAAUCGACGAGAAAGCUAGAGAAAUUUUUGCUCUCUCACGAAAAUGCAAAGUCAACUUUUGCCACGCCCCUUUUUUCACGUCGCGACACGGUUUGCACAGUGCAAUCUUGCCAAAGAAGCCUUUUCCCACUUGCACCGUGCGAAAUUUGUUGGCGGAGUGUCGCAAAAUAUUUUGCAGACACUCCCCUUCGAAACCUGAAAUUUGGAAAAAUUUGCACAGUGCAAUCAACAAAAAAGCCUACGUUCGUAGGCUUUUUUUCAUUUUGCACAGUGCGAAAAACACCCUCCGAACGUUUUCCCAGGCACCCCCCUUUUGAUUUUCCCAUUUUCCCCCCAGACGCACCGUGCACUCUGCAUUUUACCCAGUGAGCUAGGCUUUUUCUCAAUUUGCACAGUGCAAAUGAGAAUUUUGGCUUUGUCGCUGCGCGACAAAGCAAAAAUUCUUUGUCGCUCCGCGACAAAAGCCUUUCGAAGUGCUUUUGCACAGUGCGGAGGCCCCCGCGCUCGGUCCCUUUUCGUUUCCGAGAGAGCCACCCAUGGCGCAGUGGUUAGCGCGGAAGUCUGGCAAUCUGAAGUCUCUGGAGGUUCAAUCCCCCGGAAAAAAAAUUAUACCACGUUGUAGUACAAUUAGAGGGCCGUCAUAUUUUGGGUUUUUUACCCAAAAGUUUUGACUUUUUCGGGGUGAAAUAAUUAAUGGAAAAUUUGGCCAGAACUAAAUUCGGCCAGGCCGUAUUUUAGAAAAAUACCAAGAUUCUUACACGUAUCCUGAUCGAAUUUUUAAUUUCCGAACGAUUGAGCCAGGUCCCGUCUUCGUAUCUCUACUCGUUGAAAAGUUACAGUACUUUUUAUGUUUACGAUGUUACAGUAACCCGGUUUGAAGAAAUGGCGGAAACGUGUCAACUAAUCUUUUGAAGAGCUAUUUAAACUGAGUAGAAUGCUUUUUGAGGCGGGUCGAUACGAUCAAAAUUGACCGAGAUACGGUACCUUAAAGUCAAGGCCCUUGUUACAGUAAUCCCUCGCGGAGCGACAGACCUGGAACCGUGAAAUACACCUUCAAAGACGUUUAAUGACGAGUACGAACAGUCCUGUGAAUUUUGUCCGGCGCGAUUACGUCUACGCUGAGAAAAUGGCGAAAAACCGGUUUUUGGCGCGAAAACUACCGUAACCUACAGUAUGCCGAAAAAAAUUUGCGAGAUAUGGGACAAAUGAUACCAGUUUAUGGUGUAGUUUUUCAUGCUGAUUCUGAAUCUGUAAACAGAAUUUCGAAUUUCCGUCAUUUAUGCACAAUGCCUGAGGAAAUAAAAAUACAGUAUCCCGGAGAGUACAGAUAGAAAAAAAUAGUCAGUUAGUUAGCUGUUUGGUAUUAAAAACUAUGCAAAAUAAAGAAGGAAUGGUACUCGGCGCUCGCUUCGCUCGCGAGAUUUUUUUGAAUAUGUCCCAAAAUCAGUGUGCGACUUUUCCUGAGACGGAUACUGUAUCAAUAUGGGAAAAAACACGUUUAACGGACUCAGAAAAAAAUUUAGAAAGUUUAAGCCGAUACGAUUUUUGAUUAAGGACCUAGUUCCCGAGAUAUGCAAACUCAGGUUUUUCACUCUGAAAUCCGGACAUCAUGAAUAUGCAAAUUUUCUGGAAAAAAAAUUGUGAAAUAUAAACUCUCCUCCAAAAAUAACCUAUAGCGCAUGAAGAAAACUUUUUUUUAAUAGGCGAAAAAUUUUGAGAAAAACGCGAAAAACUUUUUUUUUGCAGGUGCGAAAAACACGUUUUUUGGUUGUAACUGCGCGAAAUCGCGAUGAAAAUGAAUGAAACUUUCAGAACGUAAAUUUGACAUAAAAAUACGCUACCCGCCAUCUCCGCUCCUGUACACGUCGCACGCAGCGGUCACAGCGCACUGUGCAAAAAGGGGUAUUUUUUGAAAAAGUGCACUUUUCGCAACUUUUCUCCGCAACGCGCAACUACAACACAAAGAACGAGUAUGAUUUUCAGAUAGAAGAGAUCAUUCUGCGUACGAUGAAAAAAAAUUGGCAGCAUAGCUCCAGAGACAAAGUCAAAAACUCAAUUCUCCGGCGUUUGGCGGUCGAUAAUUUUAUCGACUAAAAAAAUGUCAUUUGGGUGUCACAGAGGAUCAGACAACACGAUGGGGUCAAAAAAACCAAAAAAAUUCAACGUUAAGAGGAAAACAGCUAGGGCGGUUAAUAUAGGGGGGGUGGCGCUCCGCGAGCCCCCGAACUGACCUUCGGGUAUUGACAAAAGAAAAAUGUGGGCAUAUCGAAAAAAACAUGGCCAGAUCAAAGAAAUGUGAUCAGCUCAAGAAAAAUUGAGCGCGAUUCUCGUUUUUCGCAGCGACAAAACAUUUUUUCAGUGUGCGACAGAAUUUGAGGGCGCGAUAAAUUCUCACAUCAGGACUUUUUGUGCCAAGUAGUGUCGAAAAAUUGCAUGAAUGUGGCUUAAAAAAUACGACUAACAAGGGCCCAACUGCGGCGGUAAAAUUUUCUCUAAACUUCUGAUGAAUCUGCGGUCUCUUUUUUAGUGGGCCCGCCUCUUCAUUGCGACAGGAAUUCUGGUGAUCGUCGUUACGACCAUCUUCAACUGCACAGCCGAAGUUACGGUUCGUCCGUGGGCCGACAAUCCCGUGCCCUCCGGCGCCCCACCAGCUCCACAAGUCUUCGAGCUGAGCGCGAGCGAGCUGCGGGACAAGGAGAAGGUGGGCCAAGUGCUGCAGGCCAAAAGGUUGUCGAUUCAGAGCGAGUCGAGCCAGCUGCGCGAGCUGGGACACACACAUGCAAAAAGAGCGUCCAUUUAUUCCGUGGACUAA